UUCCACAUCACAUAACGGAAACGUGGAAUCAUUCCCAUCCUUCCUACACCUCAACCACUGUCUGACGUGACAAUUAUAAAAUUAAUUUAAUUCUUUUAAUAUUUUCACAUCACAUAACAGAAACGUGGAAUCAUUCCCAUCCUUCCUACACCUCAACCACUUUCCUUCCCCCACCUUCCCUCUCCAGAGAUUCUCUCGGAAACAGAGGUUUCAGCUCUCCCACCGAAAUUUCCAUCGCGACAGCUCGUGCCACUGCUGCGGCCUCGGAGCCGCCGGGAACAAGCAAUCGCCAGUUUUCAGGAACGGAUCCGUUGGGGCUCCAGUCCAUUUGGUCACUCUGUCAUCGUAAGACCGAAGCAUCAACGGGGGAGAACGGCAAGAUCAUGCUCCAGCCCCGUCUCUGCACCUUGAGAUCCUACGAUGACAAUCAGUUCGCGGUCGUGUAGACGAUGAAGAACUAUUGAGAAAUCGGAGAUUACGAGGUGUCGUCGUUCUUCAACUCUGUUGGAGUACAUCGAGAGCUCCAAGAAGAGCCAGGACUUCGAGACCAUCUCCAGGCGCGUCACCAUGGUGAGUCAGCUAAUUUUUUUUUUGUCUCUAAAUUUGGUUCCCCUUUCCCGUCGAUUCAAUUGAGUCUGGCGUGAAUUUGAUUAGAUUGGAUAUUUUUAAUUGAAUUGAAACAGAUGCGGAUAUUUGGGCGGAGUAGAUUGUGUUCGGGGCGACGGUGGCGGCGAAAGCAGUGUUCUUGUCCUUGACGGUCGCGGUCUGAAGACUUGGAUACUGAAUUGAAGGUACUGGCUACAACGGCGGUCCAUGAUUCCUUCGGGGGAAUCCGGGGAAGUUCUACACGUCGGUGGUGGAGAUUUUUCUAGGGAAGGAAUUUUUCCGGGGACAGGUCGGAUGAGGAAGGGGUUUUUUUGUUUUAUUUAUUUUUGUUUAUUAUUUUAAUGACGUGGAAAUAUUAAAAGAAUUAAAUUUAUUUUUAUUAAAUUUUUAAUUGUCACGUCAGCCAUUUAACGAUCAAUUGUUAAUGGUUGACUGCCACAUUAGAUAAAGUUAACAAAGAGUGACUAAACGUGGACCGUUUUACUAAUUCGAGUGAUCACAAUUGAUAUUUAUUUUUUCAGUGACUAAACAUGACACAUUUUAGUAAACCUAGUGACCAAACUUGGCAUUUAUCCACAAGUGAUAUAACUUGUUGAAUAUUAAAAAAACUAUCACCAAAACCAAACAAUGUAGAGUAUAUUACAUCAUUUUCCUUGAUUGCGUGUAUAUUACAAUGCAUGUAUUAAUCACAAUGCAUUGAUUUAAAUAUCACAAAAAUCAAACGACCCCAUGGUUCCACGAACACACAACAAAAAAUUCCGAUUUCUUGUUAAUUGAAAUGGAAAAUUAUGUUUUUUUUUUUGUAGAAAGAUAGACGCAUUGCAUCUAGGUCACAUUACUAAAAUAACGAUCAUGGGAAAUUUCCCGUACAUCAUGGCGAAGCCAUUGAACAAGGUCUCUAUCACACACAUUGAAGGGAUGUGUGCCAAAAUCAGAGUCAUGAGCCUUGCUUGCCAAGUAAUCGGCUACAAAAUUAGCUUCCCUAAGAACAUGGGAGAUACAGACAUCCCAAUCGGGAUUUAAAUAAAACAUAAAUUGUUGUGCAAGAUUCCCAUGCCUAUGAUCAUUAUUGUGUCGUUGUUAUAUGAUCUCAAUAGCAGUCAUGGAAUCGAGCUUGAGCGGGACCAUUCGAUACCUUCUUUUCUAGGAAAUCUUGAAUCCUUCCAGGGCUCCUUUUAGUUCUGCGGCAGUGAUGGAAUAGGAUCCAAUAAUGCAAACAUAAGCGCCUUGACAUCUACCCAAAUUGUCUCUAAAGAGUCCUGCUGCAGCCCUCCCAGAUUGAGUAAUAACUGAGUCGUCGGCUUGCAAUUGGAUUCAACCUUCCUCUGGUGCAUCCCAUCCCACAAGCCUGCUAUGGCUAGUGCAUGUACUGACAUUGGUGGUCUUUUGGAUGCUUCUUUGAGCCUGUUCAACAAUGUUGAACCAAGCCUGUAUUCUUGCUAGUAAUCCAUUCCCGGAGAACACCUUGUCAUCGAUCGCCUCCUCAUUCCUUUGUUUCCAUAGCCGCCAAACAAUAAUUCCAAAAGCAGUAGCAGUUUCCUGCUGUUCCAGAUUGACCAUCAACCAUUCAUGAAAAGGGAGGAUUAUGCUGUUGGCCACACUUUUGAUCUGUAGUUUUCCCACACACUUCUAGCUUUGCUACAGCUUCUAAGAAUAUGCUCAAUUGUUUCUUCCUGGUCUUUGCAAAAGUUCCAUUGGCUGUUAGUUGUGAUCUUUCUUUUCGUCAGCUCCUUGUUUGUGAGAAGCCUGCCGUGCAAGACAAGCCAAAGGAAAUUUUUGACUUUACGAGGGCCCAUCCAUUUCCAAAGCUCUUUCCAACAUCUAUUAGGUUCUCUAUCAUCAUUCUCGGCAACAAGGUCAUAGACUGACUUCAGUCUGAAAUGACCACCCUUCUCCAAUCCUCAGAUGGUGAUGUCCUCUCCAAGGUCAGGGUCAGGUCUCUCCAUACCUGCAAUGGCCGAUAGCAUAGUAUUAGGAAGGAUCAUAUUGAGUUUUCCCAGUCCCACUCACCUUCCUCUAUGAUCUAGUCAGCCACCACAGAGUUUCUGUCCUCCUCAGAAAGAUCCACCAAAGCAUAGUCUUCCAGAAUGAUGUUACUGUCCACCCAAGGAUGGGUCCAUAACUUGGUGGACUGGCCAUUCCUAAUACUCCUGCAGGUAGCAUGCUUCAUGAUGUUCAUUGCUUUGACAAUGGCCUUCCAAAGAUUGGAGUGGUUACUCUUCUUUAUUGAAAGGAUCUCCCCAUUACAUUGCUUGAAAUAUUUUCCCUGCAACACUUGAACCCACAAAUCAGUGUCCUUGUUCAGCAUAUUCCACUCAAGUUUAAUCAUAUAAGACAUGUUCAUAUGCCUAGCAGACUUUAAACCAAGACCACCUAGCUCCUUAGGUUUACGUAUAUUCUCCCAUGAAAUAAAGUAUGUUUUCCUCUUUCCAUCAAUGGUUCCCACACAAAACUCCUAACUUUCAUAUCUAUGGUAUCACAGAUAGAAGCAGGGAGGAAAGUGGUUUGCAUUGCAUAGGUGGGAAAAGCAUUCAAGAGAAAAGUGGCAAGGGUGACUCUGCCAGCCAGGAAGAGUGUUCUGGCCUUCUAGUUGGUGAGUUUCUGGUCAAUUCUAUCAAUGAUGUAUUUGUAAGUGGUUUUGGUAAUUCUGCCAUGGAUCACAAGGACACCAAGGUAUCUCCCUAUAUCCAAAGUGGCUUGAAUUCCCAGUCUCUUACAAAUUUCAGUUAUGUUAUCUUUCUUGACAUUUUUGGAGAAAAACACUCUGAAUUUUUCUUUGAUAACAAUUUCACCUGAGGCUUCAUAGAAACAAUCAAUACAUUUGAGCACUAUGUCUGCCUGUUGAGGGUUAGCUCCAACAAAUAGCACAAGAUCAUCAGCAAAGAAGAGGUGAGACAGGACAGACCCCCUGGUGACAGCCUAAUGGGGUUCCAAGUUCCAUUUUCAUUUCAAAAUCAAUGCCAUGGCUUAAUCUUUCAACACAAAGGGUAAAGAGAUAGGGAGAGAGGGGACAUCCAUGUCUAAGUCCUCUGGUUGGUCUGAAGCUCUUAGUUUCUCCUCCAUUCCAGAGUACUUGGUAGCUUGUAGAAGUCACACACACUUCAUGAUCAUGUUAAUGAAGUUAUCAGGGAGUCUAGCAACUUUAAGAGUUUCUUACAGGAACUCCCAGUCAAUUCUGUUAUAAGCUUUGGCAAGGUCCACUUUCAGGACCAUGAAGCCCUUCCUGCCACUUUUUCUUGCCAUUGAAUGGAUGGGCUCCUGCAAGAUAAUUAUGUUAUCAGAUAUAUGGCGAUUAGGAAUAAAGCUAGACUGAUUCUUUUUCACCAAAUGGAGCAUCAAAGGUUUCAGUUUAUUAGCAAUCAGUUUAGCAAUCACUUUGUAACCAACAUUGCACAAACUAAUUGGUCUAAAAUGACUCAUCGAAGUAGAGCUUUCCACUUUUGGAAUCAAAGUAAGGAGAAUCUCACUAAUGCAUUGAAUUCUGCCAGGGUUCCUGAAGUACGAGGAGAUGAAAGCACAAAAAUCUCUCCCCACAGAGCUCCAUCAUUUUUUGUAAAAGAUGGCAUGAAAACCAUCUUUGCCUGGGGCCUUCAGGCCAUUGAUAUCUAGUGCCACACUUCUAAUCUCCUCAAAGCAAGGAAAUGAAUUCAGGUUAGACAUCAAACAACUCUCUAAUUCAGGAAAAUUAGCAGGGAUAUUAUGUCCAACAGCAAUGAUAUUCUUAGUAAACAGUUGCAGAAAAUACUCUCUGGCCAUGGUGAGGAGUGAAUUGGCAUCAGCAAUCCAAUGUCCCUAGUCAUCAUGAAGGCAAGUGAUCUUGUUCCUCUUUCUUCUGCUUAGAGUGCUGGUGUGAAAGAAACGUGUAUUAAGAUCAUCAAACACCAGCCAGUUAGUCCUGGAUUUUGUAUUCAGAGUAACUCUUCUUGCCAAAGUGUUACCUCCAGUUCCUCCCUAGUUUGUCGUUCUUUGUUAAUGGAUCUCGUUGAUGAACUUCUUUCAUUUAGCAUCUCCAGGGACUUGAGCUCAGACAUGAUUCUUUUCUUCCUUUGAAAAAUGUUAUCAUACACUUCCUUAUUCCAUUUUUGUAGGUGUUUUGAGAGAUGCUGUAGAGACAGAUUGAAAUCCUCUCCACUGCUCCAAGAAGACUACAAAAAAGCUGGAAAGUCCUCAUGAGCAUGCCCUGGUGCAAGAAACUGAUUCCUCCUUACCAACUUCUGUUUCACCAUUUGGUUUGAAGUACAAGUCAUGAUUGGGCGAUGAUCUGACUUAAUCUUUGGCAAAUGAAAAGUGAUUGUUGAGGGGAACAUCUGCUGCUAUUUAGGGUUACACAAACUGCGAUCCAACAUCUCUUUAAUGCCAGAAUUCCUUGUGAACCAAGUAAACUUGGGCCCAGAAAACCCGAGGUCAAUCAACCCGCAGUCCUCAAUGCAUUCGUUGAAAGCACGAACUUUGGCGAAGCUAAAAGCAAAUGCCUCAUUGCUUGUCACAAGCCCUAGCAAUAGAGUUAAAGUCGCUUGUCAGUAUCCAUGGGAGGAGAGUGGUCUUCUCGAUGUUUCUUAUCGAGUCCCACAGAUCCACUCUGUCAGUUUCAUUUUGACUACCUUACACACUGUCAAUUGGAAUCUUUCCUUCAAAGCAUAACAACAUUUGAGGUUGAGAAACUGCUUAUGAGUGUCAAUAUCUUCAAGCUUCUUAUCUCACACUCGUUCCAGAGGACCCAAAUGCCACCACUGAACCCAGUAGCAUCAGAGAUAGCUGAAACAUCAAAACCAAGAUUCUUAAUAACCAAAGUGGCAUCCUUCCCGCUGAUUCUGGGUUCAAGAAAACACAUAAUAUCAGACUUAUAAGAAGCCUUGUACAACAUAAAAGUGGACAGAAACUUAUGGUGCUUAGCACCCCUGUGGUUACAUGAGAAGACCUUAACACUCUGUUUGGUUAACAUGGGGGGGUUGCAUUUUUUGGGUGCAAAUGCAAAAAUCGAGACAUUUGCACUCUCUUGGAUAAUUUGGAACAAUUGAAGGGGUGUGCAAAGGAGGUACAAUUCCACUGUUUGGGCUGCACCUCAAAAUGGGGCGGAAGGAAGAGGGGGAAGAGGAAGAAGAGAGGGUGGGGCCAUGUUGGGGAAGAAAUGUAUUGUGGGUUGGAGAGAGAUAGAAGGCAAGAGAGGUGUUAAUGAUUUAGGUUUUUAUUUUUUUAUAUUAAUAAUAAUUAAAAUAUUAAAAUAAAUAUUUUACAAUUCU